AUAGACAGCAAACAUAUUGGCUGUAUUUAGAAUCCUAGGAGGACGAUGGCAGAAUGUAAAUGUCAGUGAGUGAGUGAGUGGAUGAAAUAUGGGCAGGUAAGAAAUGUGAAGGAUGGAAAAAAAAAACAGAAUAUGUAACCAGGGUCCUCGGGUGUGUGAACCAGUUUUACACCUCAAUGUCAUCGCCGCUCUGGAGCAGAUAAUGGCUGGACAUCAGCCACCAAAGUUACACCAGACUUUACUCAGAGCCAUGCUAACUUCAGACUGCAUGCAUUUCCCAACAAUAGAAAACAAUGCAAUUGCUACAUUUUCAUUACAGCAUUUCCUUCUUGCACAAGUGCUCUGUCUAUUGUUUGGAUUCACAUCGCCAGACAAACUUUGACUCUGUUCACACAAGCAAAAACACACACACACACACACACACACACGCACACACACACACAGACACGCACACUCACACAACCACACACACACAGACACACACACAUGCACACAUCUGAGAAUCAGUCUCCUGUCUAGUUUAAACCUUCAAUGCUUAACGAGUGAAACCUUUAAUUGUUGAGUAGGAUCUGAAAAAUAUUUAAAAGUUAACCUAUUUUUCCAAUUAUUCUGUUGUAUCUCUUUCUCAUUAUGUGAUUAGCAUUUUUUCCGUUGAAACUCAGGCAGCAGGUAGAUGUUUUCAGAUGAGAUUCUUCAAUAUUAUGAACACAAGAAAUAUGUUUAGAGCUAGGGUAGGCCAUUUAUUUUAGAAGCAUUUUUUUUGUUGAAAUCUUUUUUAUCUGUUAUCUGUGGCUGUUGCAGGCGAGCGAUGCUCAUCCAAUCAUUUCCUUCAGGCCAAAUGAUUGGAUGGCCUACAUGUCUGUCUACCUACAUUCCCGCCUACAUGUAUAGCCAGUGCACUCAUUGUGCGUGACCAGAGUCUUCCAAAAGGGCUGGCUGACCUUUUGCUAAAGGUGUUUUUGGGGAGGGGCUUUGGAGAGAGCCUAAAGGAUGAUUGGGAUUUUUUGUUUGGCUUCUUACUGGCAGGUUUCUCGAAAUUGCAGACCCUAGCUUAAAAACGGAUUAUUCAAAGAUACAUUGUCAAUUUGAGUGGAUUGCAUCCAGUUAUAAAAAGGAUUGGUGUUGGAGGAGUGCAUCUAUAUGCAGGCAAUUGCAUAAAGAUACACUCUUUCUAUCAGUAUGUUGAUGUAGUAUGUGAGUAUAGGGUAGACAGAAAUGUUCAAUUUGGUGUUUGAAGAGUGUGUGUAGAAUAGAAUAACCUUUAUGGUCAUUGCACAAUACAACAACAUUUUGUUGGAGCAGUCCUCCAGUUGCACAGUUAUAUAAAAAACAACAAUAUCAACAAUAUCAACAAGGAUGUGUGUGUGGUGGGGGGAUGGGGGACUGCUGUGUAGGACAGGACAUUGUAAUAAUUAAGAAACAUGAGCAGCUAUGUGUGGAUCUUCAUGGGGGCCUGUUUGUUUGUUUUUGUGUGUCUCUAGAUACACUUAAAAAACCUGUUAUGUUUCAACAAGAGAUUUAGUUUAGGGCAUGUCUUGACGUUCCUGUUUCCUUAUCUUCAGGCACUUAAUGAGGAGAGUGAAAGCAAACAUGGGAAGGUGCAGGAAGGUGAGGGAGAGGGAGAGAGAAAGAGAGUGAGAGAGAGAGCAAGGGAGAGAAGGACAAGGAAGAGAGAGAGAGGAAGUGAGGGUGUGAAGGAAGAAAAUGGUUCAUGUGUUUCCCAGCAAAGACUGCCGAAAAAUAUGCCUCUUUCCUCUAGAAGAGAAUAUCUGAAGGAAGUCGCUAAAAACAACAACAGGGUGCAAACAACUUUGUUUGCUUAAAGCACCGCCACGUUUGGGUCUGCAGAGUUCUUUGACAUGUUGGAGAAGAUGCAGGAUGACUACAUACCCUACCCACGAAUAGAAGAUGUCCUGGAGAAGGGGGGUCCGUACCCGCAGGUCAUCCUGCCCCAGUUUGGGGGCUACUGGAUCGAGGAUGCUGAGGCGCCUGUGGGUACCCCCACCUCGUCCGAGUCCAGCUUCUGUGAGGAGGAGGAGGUGGAGGACGGCGGUGGAGGAAGUGGGGGCAGCCCCGGCGCCGGUCACGGGUACCGCUUGGAGUGUAACGGCACUGCGCGCGCCUACCGCAAACACUUCCUUGGCAGGGAGCACAUGAACUACUACUGCACCGGCAGCAGUAUAGGACACCUCAUCAUGUCGCUGAAACAAGAGGAGGCGGAGAGCCAGGAGUUUUUGCGUAUCAUGCUCAGGGCGAGAACCAAGACUGUCCACGACAGGAUUUCUCUGGCAGGCCUCAGCCAGCUGCCCAGCGUACCUCAGAUAGCCAAGCUCCUGUGCGAUGACGCCACAGGCCUGAAGUUCAGCCCGGUCCUUUACCCCAGGGGUUCCCAGUUGAUAGUGGCUUAUGAUGAACAUGAGCUCAACAACACCUUCAAGUUUGGGGUCGUCUACCAGAAAUUUGGACAGACGUCAGAGGAGGAAUUGUUUGGAAACAAUGAGGAAACGCCAGCUUUCCGGGAGUUCCUGGAUGUUCUGGGAGAAAACAUUGAGCUGCAGGACUUUAAAGGGUUCCGUGGGGGGCUGGACGUUUCCCACGGACAGACGGGCAUGGAGUCGGUCUACACCGUCUUCAGACAGCGAGAUAUCAUGUUCCACGUCUCCACCAAGCUUCCCUACACUGAGGGGGAUGUGCAGCAGCUCCAGAGGAAAAGACACAUAGGAAAUGACAUUGUGGCGGCCAUCUUCCAGGAAGAUGCCACUCCGUUCGUCCCGGACAUGAUCGCCUCCAACUUCCUGCAUGCCUACGUACUGGUGCAGGUCCAGGACCCAUGCACGGAAAACACCAUGUACAAGGUGUCCGUCACAGCCAGGGAAGACGUUCCACCUUUCGGACCUCCCCUCCCUAACCCGGCUGUCUUCAGGAAGGGUCCCGAGUUUCGAGACUUCCUGCUGACGAAGCUGAUCAAUGCAGAAAAUGCCUGCUACAAGUCAGACAAAUUUGCCAAACUAGAGGGCCGAACGCGGGCUGCAUUGCUGGACAACCUCCAUGAUGAGCUACACAGACAGAGCCAGGCCACGCUGGGCGUGAGCGUGGCUGGCGACGACGACCGACUGGAGAACGGCGGUCACGGAGGGCUGCUGGAGUCCUUCAAGAGGGCCAUGCGUGUGCGGAGCCACUCCAUGGAGACCAUGGUGGGGCCACAUCGCCACCGCAGCCCCGGGGUGGGCGGCGGGGUCCCGGCCAGCCUCAGCGGGGGGGUGCUGCCCCAGAGCUCCAGCGAGCUGACCAAAAGCACCUUCAAUCCUCCAGUGAUGUCAGCCAAAUCCCCGCUAAAGAGCCCCGUGAAGCGCCGCUCCGGCCUCUUCCCCCGCCUCCACUCCAGCACGGAGAACCCCUCCGACAGACAGUCGCGCAGUGACCAGAAGCACCCGGAGGGCUGCUCGCUGUCACAGGAAAUGAGGUCAGAGACGUCCUCCAAUCCCAGCUCGCCGGAGAUCUGCCCCAACAAAGAGAGGCCCUUUGUGAAGCAGAAGGAGUGCAGCAGCCUAAGUGGAAGCACAGGGAGCAGGCCCAACAUCUCCCGCUCCUCCUCCAGCACCAGCAGCUUCAGCAGCACCACCGCCGAGACGGAGGCCCUGGAGGAGCUGGACAUAGCCAGCCAUGCCUCCAUGGCCUCCUCCCUGGUCUUCAGCCCCUGCCUCAGCACAGACAGCCAAGGAACCAGCACCCCGGUCAUCAUGUGCCGCAGUCCCACAGAUGUGAAAACUAAGACGUCUCCCAGGUCAAAUUUGAAGUUUCGAUUUGACAAGCUGAGCCACUCCUCUACGACCGAUGAAGCGGAACUACAGACUGUUUCUCAACAUUGGGAAACAACAAGGCUCAAGGAGCUAUCCUAGCGUUCAACAAACAAAAGAGUACCACAGACGACUGUAUAAGCCCACUGUCAACGCACUUCACUAAGCCAAGCGGCAUCCCUCUGAGAGACGGACGCACCGUCUGUACGCAGGGGGUCUGCUGGUGAAUACUGUGAGAGUAUAUUCAAGACAAACUGGAGCGCAAGUGUCGCUUUUAUCCUUAGCUACAGAUAUCAAUGUUAAUGCCUAACUGAUGGUAUCGCCACAGGCUGCUUUCCAGUUGCCAAUAAAACUGUCGUUGUUCACACAUACAUACAAGCCAUUUGUCAACUGUGAGUGUGGAAUGGGCAGGACUGUCUAGCCUAGAGGUACGCAAACAGGGGAUUUACGGAUCAAUUAAGGAGAGACUAUGGCUGAACUGUUACUUGUCGUGUUAAAUGUGGAUUAAUUUAUACAAAUAACAAAUGCUAUAUCAACUACAAAAACACCAGAAGAAUCAACUUUUUCCUUUGUCUCCCUGUAAUGGUAUAUCAGAAAGAAUCCCAAUAUAAAAACAUCCCAAAACGAUACCAUACAUAACACCCAUACUUGCUUAUAUAACACACAUACAGUACACACACCAUACAUGAUCUACACAAACACACACUGUAGCAUACUGCACAGAAGCAGCACUUCUUCCUAACCCCCUAGCCCUUUCCCCUGCCCUAUCUGAAGACCUUUAGCUCUUUGUGAGCCUCCAAGUGGUCCGGUUCUGUUUGUGACAUCAUGAGUACAGUGAACCUCACACUCAAGCCAUGCUAAAAUAAGCUUAUUGCUUGUGCAACAUAAUUGAAGUACCCUUUCAUGGAGGUUCUUUAGGAAGGAGGGAGUCUGUUAGUGCUCAUCAAAUCAAUAGCUAUCUUAAAACUAUACAAUCCAUCCUAUUGUGCCAUUACCUUAUUUUAGCCAAAGUUGCGCCUUACAAUCUAUCUAAAAACACACUUUCAGCAUCGGUCUCGUCUCUCUCUCCCUUGCUCCCUUCCUCUUUUGCUUCUCAUUUAGGAAGUAGAGGUACAUUUGGACCUGGUCGUAGUACUUAUGAGAGUUUAGCACGAAAUAUGCUGCAGAUCCUCGUUGCACAUUCUGAAACCAUGUUAGGAAAAUACAUCCCAAAUGCAGCUAUACGUACUUGUAUCUGUGUUAAUGUUUGAUGUAAUCUUUGCAGUUCUAAUCGACCCACCACGUGGGAGAGUUGAACUUGAUGUGGCAUUCUAUGGUUUUUCGACCAGAUUGAACAUCUGUCUAAAACACCGGACUUGGGAGCUUUAAUAGAAGCACAUAGGAUCAUGCAUAUUAUUAACGCUUUGUGAGUUUUAAGCUAAGCUCAACAUUUCUCUGAACAGAUUUGCAAAAGGCAAUUGCGGGCGACUACGGAAAAAAAUAACAGAAUAGUGAAUAGCUCUUGAGUGCAGUCUCGUUUAACCCAGAGGGGUGUAAAAUAAACAUUGCAAGCACAAGCAGCAAAGGAAGGGGAAAGCUAUUUUCGUAAUUUGACCAAAUAACUCAAAAAUGUAUUUGAGAAAUACAGAUUCCGAGGCAGGCUACAAUAAUUGUGAAAUAAUUCACUGUUUCUUUCAGAGAGGGUUAAUCAUUUCCUCCCUCAGGGAAGUAGGCCUGCGAGAGUAAUUUUAAAGGAAACGGCUGCUGGCUAGGAAGUGUAAGUUCAGGGUACUUUCCUUUCUGGAGAAGUACUCAACAAGCAAACAGUCCCAGAUAGCAACACUGUUUGUGUGUACACAUGUAUACACACUGAAGGCCUCUUUGUUUUAUUAUUGUCCACAGUAGAGGUUACAAUUUUGAACAGCAGGUGAGAAUAGGAGCAAUUGACGAAUAACAAGUCCUAUGUCUUUAUCAUUGUAGCGGGUAUUGCCUACACAGCCUUCUCUCUGUAAUUUAUUCAGUUAUGCCUUUUGUUGCAUUGAUGUCAUGUAAAAUAAAUGUAACUGCUGAGUAUGCUAAUGAAAGAUAUUAACGAAAUAAUUAAAUAUACAUUAAUUUAUUAGAGGCCUAAAAAAUGUAUAUGUAUAUUUGGUUGUAAUGUGCCAUUGAGAGUUUAUUCUGAAAUAAAAUGUUGUAUUUUGUGUCAUAUUGUAUGUGUUGUUUUUCACUCAAUGGUAUGUGUUACAUCAUCAAUCCCACAUAAUUGUCACGCAGAACAAGCACAUAUUAUAAAACGUUCCAAUCUGUGGGAAAAUGUAGCCUGUUCAAUACAAUAAAGUGAAUUUUGCCACACACAAUUAAAACAAAGAAUACAAAAUCCCUCUGCCGAGCUGUGGAGAAGGGGAGGUGGUAUUAUGCAACCAACGAGAGGGUGGAUUUUCUAAAGUGAUCGAUACACACUAUUUCCGGAAUGUCCAAGCAUUUCCUGGUUAAACCAGAUGAAGCCAGCCUCAUACCAUACUUUUAGAGAGUUGUCUGAUGGGUUUGUAGUGGGUUUUGUUGAUAGCUGUCGAAAACGAACACUUGAAGUGAUCUGCUAAACAUGUUAGCUUAUUUAAGUGUGUAGUUCAAACUUUUGAUUCAUUUAACUAAACUAAAAACACAAUUGAAGUAACGCCAUAUAAUCCAGCACAACAUGGCAGAGCCAGACUCCCACAAACAGCAUGACAUGGACCACCGGUGAUGCCGCCCUUGAGGGGGGUCCUGAAGCAUCACAUCGCAGCCCCGGCACCGUGCCUUACGGAGGAAUAGAUGAUGGACUGGCUAGGCUCCUGGACUAUUUGUGGCUCACGUGAAGCACCAAGUGCGACAUCAGCGUACACGAGCUGUAACAGAAGCAUUGAAUGGUCUAGAAGUGCACCAGAACAUGAAACAUACAGAACAUGCUCCCCUCACUGACUUCCCCGUAACCCUUACCUCACUGCUUGUCCUUCGUUGUUCCUCUGGCUUUGAGGAAACUGCAAAAAGAAUUGGAUCUUUAUAUGUACAGACGGUAUAUAAUUGUAGCCCCAACAGUCAUUCAUGCGCACAGUGAAUGAUGUGUGGGCCAUAGGCUAAAUUCUA